AUGCGCCCGAGGUUCGGGCCAGGCGAGGCUGAGUCCUCACGGGCCACCACCACCAGUGGCUCAGCCCCCGUAGGCACCAUCCGCAACCGCAGCGACGUGUUCUUCAGGAACGAGACGGCGCGGCUCAUGGCAUCGGCGCUGGGGGGUAUGUCAGACGCCGAGGUAGGCCCCGAGCCGCCUCAGUACGUCACUUUCCGAGAAGCUGCCCGAGCCGAGAUGCUCACCAUACGCACCGAGAUGACGGAGCUGAGGGGCUUGCAUGGGCGGGCCACCCUCAGCAGGUUUGACGAGAGCAACGACGACGAGAUCCAGGUGGAGGUGACAACUCAGCAGAUCACCAAGCUCUUCCGACGCUGCGAGGCGCGUCUCCAGAAGUUUGGGUCUGUGCCGUCGGAGAACGAGGCCGACGAGAAGGCGCUGCAGGCCGACACGCUGAGCGCCCUGAUCGAUGACCGCGACCGCGAGGUGGCGGGCAUCGUGGCCAGCAUCCACGAGCUGGCCCAGAUAAUGAAGGACCUGUCGGUGCUGGUGAUCGACCAGGGCACGGUGCUGGACCGCAUCGACUACAACAUGGAGGCCACCGCCGCGCAGGUGACGGAGGGGGUGAAGCAGCUGGCCAAGGCCGAGAAGAAGCAGAAGCAGGGCCUAAUGGCGGUGUGCAUCAUGUUCCUCCUCGUCGCCAUCGGCAUCCUGGUGCUCUUUGUGGUCAUCAAGGCCAUUGUAUUCUGA